AUGAAAUUGGCAGUCCUCCUCAUCGUCAGCACAAUCUGCUCCGUCCUCGCAGGCCUGGUCAACCGGGACGCUCAACAACCUUGGUGCCAUCGGAAGAAAGUUGGCCAGAUUCACAUCGGCGGCCAGCCGGUUCCGGUCAACUACCGGUACAUUGUCAAUGCAUACAAUGUUGAGGAUGAUAUCCCCAAGGUGUGUCACAAGCUGUGGAUGGAACUGAGGAACUUUUGGAUGUGCCAGGUCUGGUCUUUUGGUCUGUUCAAGCAGUUCUGCCGCGAAGGCACCGAGAAGGGCACGCUGGAGUGGGAAUUCGAGACCGGCCUGGCUUGCAACACGGGGAUGCUCGAGGCCGCAUGGUGGGAGGCCACCAAGAACAAGUACGGCAGAAUUGGCUGCGAGAAGAAGUGA